AUGCAGACGGAAAAGAUGAAAUGCUCAUAUCUCCUUAGCAGGGCUUUCACUCCCACUCCACUUAUGGGGGUUAAAGAGGUAGAAGAUAAAAUGCUGAAGUCGACACAGGACCGUUUGUAUGACCAGGCCGCCAGAGUCAUCCAAAGAACGUGGAGGAGACAUGCAAACAUUGUUGUUUUCAAAUACUUCAAGAAUCUCAUAACCUUUAGGAAUCAAGGCGAUCCAAGUCUCCUGCUCAAAUUUGUCAAUCCCAGAGAGGCUGAUCUUUUGGAUGCUGCUUCAGGAGUCUACAUGCGAUUCAGACUGGGUGGAACAAGCUUUCCCCCAAAUAUCUACUAUAAAAUCUUCACACACCGGCCAAUCGUGGACAUGUGCGCCAACAGCCCCAAAGACUACACACAUGUCGGCCAAAAGAGAGCCGUCGCACAGCAGGUUCAUAACGGCCUGCCGCUGGUCCCGGAUGACCGUUCGGGUUGGUACCGUCGGGUGGAGAACAAUGGCUGGAGGCUGCUCUCUGGCAAGAUUUGCCUACUUGGCGACCCCAUUACUCAAGACACAAGUUGCAAGAGAACUGAUUUCCAUCACUGCAAACUCAUUCGACGGCAAGACGCUGAGAGGAAAAAGAAAAACCGAAAAAUUGAGUGGAUGAGAAAAAUGUAUGAUGUAGGAGCUCUGCACACUCACACUGAGCACGGAGACAGAGCAGUGGUGGAGCUGGUGGAGACUUCAGCCAAGGGUAUGACAUGUGCGCUUGAGCAACUCGGACCUGACGCCAGGCUAGACUGGGAGGUAGACGAGCUGAUCGGAUGGACCAGUGCUCUCGACUUUGAUGAGUAUAUAAAAGAAUGGAAUCUUAUGGGGACAAGUAAAUCUUCCAUGCUUCAGAAAGAAAAGCAGCAGGUCCUCUCGGCACUCGACCCUCUACAGUUCUCCCAGGCCACACAGGAUAAAAUCGUGUAAUCCUCCCUGCUCACGUCUUCAGCCUGAAUCAGUCAUAAUACUUAAGAGGUGUCAUCUGAGAGUGCAUCAUGUAAUACAUUAU